UUUGAUUGCCAUCCCUUUCUUUCGCAUCGCAGCAAUGAGCAUGGAAAAUGGUGGUGUGAUGAUGGUGGCUACAAGAAAGGGAGAGAUAGAUACAAAGCCUCCCUUUCGCUCUGUCAAAGAAGCUGUCUCUUUAUUCGCUGACAAACUUCUCUAUGCAUCUCAAUUCAAACAGAGUGAAGCAAUAAUGGAAAAUAGGGUUAUUAUUGAUGAGCCUUUGAGCCUGAGACAUGAAGCCAUUGAAGCUGAGCUUGAAGAGACAAAGCAAAACCUUCAAAAAGCUAAAGAAGAAACCAUGUCAAUGGCGCAUUGUCUUUCUUCAUUGCAAGAAGAGCUUGAACUCACAAGGCAAGAGCUUCAACAAUUGAAGCAAGAAUCCAUGGGCAAUAAUAAGAAGCAUCAUCCCAUAAUGCAAGAAGAAGAAGAAGAAGCGGUUAUUAUUGAAGAUGUGAAGGACAUGGAGAAUAAUAAAAAUAAAAAUAAUGUAACAAAGUUUGAUGAUGAUGAAUUGCAAAAGAAAAGGUAUGUGACUUUUGCAAAUACACCCUCAUUAACUCAUAUUAUUUCACCGUCACCACAACCGCUUACACUUGAAGUUGAAAAAUUGAAGAGGCACCAUUCAUUUGGGAGUGAGAAGAAGAAGAAUAAGAUCAAGUCACUUAUUCCACUCAUUGGUUUUGGAGGUGUCUUUUCAAAGAAAAAGAGAAACAAUUAUUAAGAGAAAAAUAAUGCUUUUCA